AUGACGCAUGGGCUAGCUCAGAGUGAGUUCUCGUAUGGGGAGAAAGACUCUAAGAAAAAGAGCCGCGAGAUUUAUAAUGCAUGGAACCAAACCUGCCGGAUAAAGGGAGUUGCUGUGAAUCCAAUGGUAACUCCUGAGUAUAAUGAAUGGUGGAGUAGAAGGGUUAACGAUAAUAUCCCGAGGCCAAAUUUAGAAGAAGCUCGACCGAUAGAGGAAUAUCUGCGAGUGGUCCCCUCCGAAUUGGAAAUUAUAAAGCAAGACUUCGAAAAGAGGACCUCAGAGUUAGAAAAGAAAAUAGAGCAGUUGGAGGAGGAAAAAGUGUACUUGAAGCUGGAUGUUGAUGUUCAAAAAUCCGAGGCUGAGAAUUUGAGAAAGAGAAAGAGAGAGGUUGAGGAAGACCUGGACAGUCUGAAGACUGAUUACAAGCAGCUGCAUAAGUCAAUUAGAAAUGCUGGCUUGGGUAAAACGUUUGAACAGUGGAGGCAAGAAAUCCAAGAGGAAAAGGCUAGGGCUGAUUGGUGGGAGAAAAAGUUUCAUGAUGCUCAAGCUCGAGAAGUCACUUGUAAAAAGAGUUUGGAUGAUAGCCAGAAUGAAAAACAGAUGUUAAGAGCUCGGGUGGCAGAGUUAGGAACAGCACUACAGCAACAUCGGAGUCAUAACUCAGUGAUUGAAUUAAUGGCUAGCUUAAGUAAGAUCGAGAAUUUGAAGGAGAAAGGAGAAGAACUUGAGACUACACUUCAGAACUAUGAGAAUCAAAUUAAUUUAUUAGAAGCAAAUAAUGAGCAACUAAGGGAGCAGCUUCACCGAUCUCAGGAUCAGGUCUGA